AUUUCAAAAUAUAAAAUACCAAAAAAAUAUAUUUGUUAAAGAGAUUUUUGCAUAUAGUGAGGGGGGGAAUAUGGCGCAAAUGCAACGAGAACCUGUAGAGUCCGUCACCAAGGAGACGACGGAGAAGAAGAUAUUAGACGGAGGAUCUUCUGCCUCUAAGGCGUCAUCGUUCAAAUUCAACGCUCAGGCACCGGAAUUCGUACCGCGAUCACACGCCACCGCACUAACACCGCAGGUUUCUCCGAUCUCCGGCUACUUCUAUCCUUGCUUCCACUACAACGAACUCUCCAUAGGAGGAUGCAGCGGCGGCGGAGGAGUUACCGGCGGUUCUCAGUCGUCGGACUGGAUCUUCGUCGGAGGAGGAGAUCCCGUUCAUCAUCAAAAUAUUCAUGAUCCCACGGCUGCGUUUUACGUUUCUAAUCCGGUGGUUCAGUUUCCGGCAAAUCAGAACUUGUCUUCUUCGUCAAAGAGCUUGCUCUCCGACGAUCUCCGCCUUAAGAUCGUCAAACAGGUUGAGUACCAGUUCACGGACAUGAGUCUCCUAGCCAAUGAGUCCAUCUCAAAGCACAUAAACAAAGACCCUGAAGGUUAUGUGCCAAUAUCUUAUAUUGCUUCGACCAAGAAGAUCAAGGCUUUGACAAGUCAUCACCACUUAGUUGCAUUGGCUCUACGCUCCUCUUCUAAGCUCGUUGUGAGUGAAGACAACAAGAAAGUCAAGCGUAAAAUUCCAUUUACUGACAGAGACAGAGAAGAAUUACAGGGCCGGACUGUUGUUGUAGAAAAUUUGCCAGAUGAUCACUCUUACCAGAACCUAGAGAAGAUCUUUGGAGUUGUUGGAAACGUUACGGCCAUUCGAAUCUGUCAUCCUCCAGAAUCCAACACCUCACGUCCAAAAGGAGAUUUCUUGAUGAGCAACAAAAUUCACGCACUUAUCGAGUAUGACCACACUGUUGUCGCGGAUAAAGCUGUAGAGAAGCUGAACGACGAAAGAAACUGGAGGAAAGGACUUCGUGUUAGGCUGCUUCUUAGAUGCUCGCCAAAAUCAGUUCUCAAGAACAGAAGAAACUUCGAUGGCAUCCUAAUCGAUGAUGAAUACCCUUCUUAUGAAUCAGGAGAAGACUCUCCACGUCUCCACUUAACCGAACAACAGCUUGAUAACGACGGUGAUGAAAACAAUAUUGGUGGACUAUGGGGAAAAGGGAGAGGAAAAGGACGGGGACGAUCUCCAAGAAGCUAUGCACUAGGAGGAGGAGGAGGAGGACAUAGCUUCGGGAUCGGGCUCGGGCUUGGACUCAGCAUCGGCUCGAUGUCACGGAGCCUCGGCCUCCAUGAAUCUUCAUCUCCCAAAACAGCUACAAAGGGACCAAGAAUGCCUGAUGGAACCAGAGGGUUCACUAUGGGACGUGGCAAAACCUUCUAUCUCACUCUCACCUAACAAUCUCUAAAUCAUUCCCUACCAACGACGACUAUUAUAGUAUUAUUCAUUAUUAUUACAGAGGCAAAAGCUAUAAAAUUAACCAAAUAAUACGUGUGGCUUUGUUAUGGGUUCACAUAAGUAAGGACAUGACUUUGGGAUAGUGUAUGGAACUAUCAAGGCAUGGUGAAUUUUUUGAGGGUUCUUCUUACUUCUUUAUACUUUUUUUAAUCCUCCAGUGUUCUUUUGUGUGUUUUGAUAUAUUUAUU